GCCAACCUCCAAUCGGCCUUACCACUGAUCUUCACAAUCCACUCGCUCAGUCAUGGUGAUAUUUCCGACAAGGACGUGGACGGUGAAGACGACGAUAUAUAAGACCGAGUAAUGACCCCCUCCGCUGGGUCAUUCAAAUUGACCUAGCUUACUCCAACGACGCCUUCAAUCAUUUACCAGCAUCGACCAUACACUGUCAACAUCGGUUCCUUGCCAUCGCAAAUCAAGUAAGAGAAGCAGUCAUGUCAGUGAAUAAAAUGGGAGAGAAACCCACCGUUCAAUAUGUUCGUCUGGGAAAGGCUGGGCUGCGCGUGAGCGUACCUAUCGUUGGAUGCAUGAGCUUUGGCUCGCAUGAGUGCCAGGACUGGGUCAUUGAUGAAGAUAAGGCUAUCGAGCUUCUGAAGGCUGCGUGGGACCGUGGUGUCACAACCUUGGACACUGCUAAUGUGUACUCCAAUGGGAUGUCCGAGAGGAUCAUCGCCAAGUUCAUCAAGAAGUACAACAUUCCUCGGGAGAAGCUUGUCAUCAUGUCCAAGUGCUUUUUUCUUGUUGGCGAGCAGCUCGGAACAAACACAAUCACCAAUCCUCUGCUGGCCAACGAGCGUGACUAUGUCAAUCAGUCUGGGUUGUCUCGAGGCGCCAUCUUUAAUGCCGUCCACUCCUCUUUAAGGCGGCUUGAAACAGAUUACAUCGAUUUACUUCAAAUCCACCGCUUUGAUCGCAACACCCCACCUGAGGAGACGAUGUCCGCUUUGAAUGACCUCGUCCGCUCAGGCAAGGUACGAUAUAUCGGGGCAAGCAGCAUGUAUGCCUGGCAGUUCAGCCUGUACAACCAAGUAGCUGAGAAAAACGGCUGGACGGAGUUCGUCUCCAUGCAAAACCACUUCAAUCUUCUGUAUCGUGAAGAGGAACGGGAGAUGAUCCCGUACUGCAAGUACAAGGGUAUCGGGCUUAUUCCAUAUGGUCCCCUGAGUCAGGGUACUCUUGCUCGUCCUCUCGAUCCAUCCAAACAUGAUCACGAGAAGACUUCUCGUGAAGAGACCUCAGUUCUGAAGCGCGUGUACAAUACGACGGACCGUGAGAUCAUUUCUAGGGUCGAGAGGCUCGCCAACACGAAGAACGUUUCCAUGGCUCAGAUUGCCAUUGCUUGGGCACUGACAAAAGUUGACAGUCCCAUUGUUGGAAUGAGCUCUCCUGGUCGUCUUGAGGAAGCUAUACCUGUUGGCGUCUCCCUCACCGAAGAGGAUAUCAAAUACUUGGAAGAGCUCUAUCAGUCGAAGAACAUGCAGGGACCUCUUUAGAGUUGAUGCGAGUGUGAAAUG